AUGGAUUACCAGUACUUUGAGGAGGAGUCGGACUACAUCGAUCUGGACGAGGAGGAUGGGGAGGAGACGGCCGGCGUCCUGGACUACACGUUCGGGAAAGCGGGGGACGAGGACGACGACUACGUGGGCGGCGAAGAGGAGGAGGAGUUGGACGGGUACGGAGUCCUGGGCCUGGCCGAGCGCCUCAUCGAGACGCUGAAGAGCUGCGCGGAGCCCUCGCUGCUGCAGGUCCUCCAGUACUUGGCCCCCAUGCUGCUCCUCUGCCUGCUGUGUCGUCUGCUGUGCCUCCUGUACUCGCAGCGCAGACGCCUCACCAGCCUGGCCCCGCUGCACUUCCUCCACUUCGCGUGCGGCCUCAUCCUGCUGCAGUACUCCGUUGGCCACCGCCUGCUCCUCCUGCUCCUUUUGGCCGCCGUGGGCUAUCUGCUGCUCCAGCUGCUGCGCCUGGGUCGAAAAGGUGCCCAAAUCCUGUCCGUCCUCACCGUGGGAAGCCAGUUUCUGUACGAGCUGCUCCUUUGGCGCCGUCGCAGCGACUGGCCCCAGCUGCGCGGCAUCCAGAUGGUGGUCAACAUGAAACUGAUCUCGCUGGGAUUCGACCUGACCGCCAGUGGCAAGCUGCAGGCCAGGGUGCCCGGUCCCCUCGCCUAUCUGGGCUACAUCUACAGCCCGGCCACCUGCGCCCUGGGCCCCUGGGUGAGCUUCGGCUGCUACAUGGACUGCCUGGUGCCCAGGAACGGCUGGCUGGUCAGCCUGCGUCGCCUGGUGCCCAACGUCCUGCUCUGCGUGCUGGCCGUGACCGUGUCCAACUGCGUGGCGCCAGCGCUAAGCGACUUCUUUGGCGACAGCUCCCACUUCCUGGUCAUGUACUGGGAUGCGCUGAGUGUGCGCAGCAGCCACUACUUCGUGGGCAUCAUGGCGCAGGCGCUGCUGGUGGCCGGGGAUCAGCGGCUGGACGGUGAUGGCAAGGAGUCGGAGCUGCUCGGGCCGCUCGUCUCGCAGCCCGGUAACAUCGAGUGGCCGCGCUCGAUCAGCUCGCUGGUCCGGAGCUGGAACAUCCCCAUGCACGAGUGGCUCAAGCGGUACAUCUAUGCGCCCUGCAAGGUGGACGGCUCCAGGGGACGCACCCUGCUGGCCGUGCUCUGCACCUACUUGGUGUCCAGCCUGCUGCACGGCAUGGACCUGCGCAUCUAUCUGGUGCUCGUCUCGCUGGCCGUCUUCGCCGAAGGGGAGUCCCUGCUGCGGCGGCACAUCUCGAGCGCCCUGGACGCCUGCAUCUCCGCGAAUCCCUGUCCGGGCAGGGAGCGGUGUCGGUAUGGCACCUGCCCCAGCAAGCGCAGCUGGAGCUCCAUUGCCAACUGGCUGGUGAGGGCGGCCAACCUGGCGUUCACCGCACUGGCCAUCUUCCACCUGGCCUAUCUGGGAGUCGUACUGCUGGGCGACGCCCUCGAAAUGGGGGAGGAGGCCGAGAACUUCCUCUGGCAUUGGCAGCAGGCGGGCUUCUUCAGCCACUACAUCGGUGCGGCCACCUUCGUCCUCUACUUGUUCCUGUCGUAGACUCCGGAGGACCCUAUCCAAUACUCGCAUGACUGAUCUACAUGUAUUUACUAUUGUAAUAAUCUAACCGCAACCAUUUGUAUUUUUGUAACCUUUCGUAUCUCGUAGUUUGUGUGUGCUGUGUGAGUACUUAAUAUUAAAUCAUUCUGUGAAACGGAUGCACUGGAAGACUUCAAUUUGGGUACCAGGUUAAAGUGAUAGAUAAGAUGUGAAAUCUAGAGUGAAAAUGAAAUCAUGAUUUGGGAUUUACUUAGGUGAAAUAAAUAAAUCCUUUAAGGAUCUAGUUUUGAUGAUUUUUGAAAUACCCAUGAGAUCAAUUCAAUUUUUAUUGUCUUUCUAUUUAAAAAUGAUAUUGAAGCAUACUUUUUAAAUCCCGCGUAUUAAGUUAUUUAUAUAUAAGUAUGUAUCUAUGUAUAAAAUUUAAUAUUACCAUUCCAUUCCAUGGCUAUUAGACGGUCUUGUGAAAAAUAAAAAUUGAAUUG